AUGGAUUAUUCAAAUGCCGAAAAGCCAGACGGCGUGACCGCCGCUGUCAAGAUCCCUCAUCUCAGCCCCGAUCCGCUGACCGGCCCCAUUCCGGCCGCGGCCGCCCCUCUUCGGCCCGUGGCUGCAGCAGAUGAUGAGGUGAUGGAGAUGCCAACAUGGAAGAAAUGGGUGACACUUGCGGUUGUUUGUUGGAUGGCCUUGCCCGUCACCUUCUCCGGCAGCUCCAUCUUGACAGCGACGUCCGAGGUUGCUGCUGACUUCAAUGUCUCAACGCAUGCCAUCACCACAGCGAACGCUGGCGUGUUCAUCGCCAUGGCUAUGUCUGCCUUGAUAUGGCUGCCUACUAGUAACAUUCUUGGCCGCAGAACAACAUACCUCGUUGCCAACUGCCUCUUGACCCUGUGUUCAAUAGGUUCGGCACUCUCCAGUAGCUUUGCCUGCUUCACGGCUAUUUGGGUCAUAGGAGGAACAACGGGCCCUUUCUUUCUAGUUGCCGGACAAACCAUCUUGGCAGAUAUAUUUGAGCCUACAACUCGCGGAACUGCUGUGGGUUGUUUCUUGGGAAGUUGCGUGGCGGCAAACGCAAUUGCGCCAUUGACGGGAGCUGUCAUCGUGACCUUCACCAGUUGGCGAGUCAUUUACGGGGUCCAAGCUGGCAUGACAUUCGUCGGUCUCAUCAUGGCCUUCUUCUUCGUGCCAAAAGCGAGCCAACUGGCGCAUCUGAAGAUCGCCGUCGCAGAAAGAGCUCCUAUCCGAUCUAUGGGUGACUUGGCUCACGCAUUCAACCCUAUGGGUGUUCUUCGUCAAUUCAAAUAUCCUAACAUCGUUGCAGCUAACUUUGCCUGCGGACUCCUGGGAUUCAACCAGUACGGUCUUCUGAGUUCUAUCCGACGAGUCAUCAACCCUCGUUUCGGUCUCACCACCCCUCUUAUCAGUGGUCUCUUCUAUCUCGCCCCCGGAGCAGGUUUCCUAAUGGGAAGCACGAUCGGGGGCAGAGUCUCUGACCACACUGUGAAGCGAUACAUCCGAAAGCGCAAUGGUCUUCGCCUGCCUCAGGACAGGCUCAAGAGCAGCUUGCCGGCGAUCUUCGUCGUAUUGCCUGCCGGCACCUUGAUUUAUGGAUGGAGCGUACAGAAGGAAGUAGGUGGAAUAGCUUUGCCUGUCAUCAGUUGCUUCUUUGAGGGCCUCGGUCUCAUGUGGUCCUUCAGUGGUUUGAACACAUAUUCCGCCGAGGCAAUGCCCGAGCGUAGAACAGCUGUCAUCAGCAGCAAAUACAUUGUCCAGUACAGUUUCGGAGCUGGCAGCGUUGGCGGCCUAGUGCCGAUGAUCGACGCCAUUGGAGUCGGCUGGUCUUUUACGAUUACCGCAUUCUCCGCUCUUCUAGCCGGCGUUCUGGUCUUGGGUAUCUCCAAGUUUGCAUCAAGGGCUCAAAAUUGGGCAGAAAAGAGCAACAGCGAUGAUUCAGAUUAA